AUGAUUAAGAAAUUUAUUGAAUUGAAGGAAUUGGAUUUUGAAAACUCCACAAUUCUCGUUACUGGGGCUUCUGGAUUUAUUGGUUCACAUGUGAUUAAAGAACUUUUAAACCAAAGCUUCAAAGUCAAGGCGGUAGUCAGAAGUGAGAAAAAGAAGCAUCUCUUGGCCUCAGUUUUUUCUGAGUAUAAAGAGCUCCUAAGCUUUGCAAUAGUCGAGGACAUUUGCAGUUUUUCAGAAUUACAGCUGGCAAUGAUCGAUGUUGCAGGUAUCUUGCAUCUUGCAUCGCCUUACACAUAUUCUGUCGUUAAUUUUGUUGAUGAAUUAUUAAAGCCAGCUUUAGAGGGGACGACAACAAUCAUGAGGGCAGCCGCCUCGAUGCCAAAUAACCAAAUCAAGAGAAUUGUAAUCACUUCAAGCUUUGCGGCUAUGUUUGAUGCUUCGAAAGGUCCGCAACCAGGUGUCGUUAUAACUGAAAGCGAUUUUAGCCCUCUGAGAUGGGAAGAUGGUGCAUCUACUGAAGAUCCUGCAAUAGCAUAUCGCGCCUCAAAAAUUGUCGCUGAAUUAGCUGCCUGGGAAUUUCUUGAGAAGCAGAAACCAUCAUUUGACAUCGCAGUUAUUUGCCCACCGAUGGUUUUUGGCCCGCUGGUUGCUGGUGCGAUGAUUGAGAACAAUCUCGCAAACUUGAAUUUUAGUAAUAAUAUUAUUUGGGAGAUUGCGAGUAGGUCAAUUGACGACGUAGUACCACCAACAAAGGGACCUGUGUGGGUAGAUGUACGUGAUCUAGCGAAAGCCCAUGUGAAUGCCCUUGUUAAAUCAGAUGCAAGUAAUCAACGUUUUCUGGUAAGUGCUGGUGACUUUGAUAAUCAGCAGAUUGCCGAUAUCUUACGGGCAUCCAUAUCUAAAGAAUACACCGCAUUGAACAUUCCCAUCGGCGAAGUUGGUAAAAGGCUAACCGGUACCCAUUUGACCACUGACAGCUCCAAGGCUGUCAAGGUUUUAGGUAUCACCUUUACAAAUUUUGAAAGGACUGUCACUGAUUUAGUGAAUCAGCUCCUAGAAAUACAAGCUUCUAAACAAAUCAAUCAAUAG